AUGGAGCCGGUCGGCAUUGCCCUCGCGGCUGCUUCCAUGGCCGAUUUGUGCAUCAAAUGUGGCAAAUCUCUGGUUGCCAAAUAUCGAAGUUAUCAAACCGCCGAACGUGAUAUUCUGGAACUAAUUCUGCGUGUUGAACACCAUUGGUUGAAGACGGAAUGUCAAGUCGAAUUCUUACGAAGUGUCUGGUCUGACCUUGGGGAACACCUCCAAGUCCAUCAGAAUAGCAUUCUCCGGGUGUUGUAUUUAAAAAUCAACGAGACUACCCUACUCAUCGACCAGAUCAUCGGCAACAAAGAUGAUGAUGUGUCGGUGCAGAGCGUCUUAACCGAAAACGGCCAUUAUAGAAAGGGGAAAUUUGCACUCAUGAUCAAAGAUUGCCUCCACAAAACUUUGAACGAUCUCGCUACGUGGCAGGAAAUGCUAGACCCAUCCUGGUUUCUAAUGACCCGGGUCUCAGGCACUGCCAUCGACCAGCAACUAACAUUUCCAAACGCGACCAGGCUGAGUUCAGCUACAACCGUCAAAGGAAUAAGGGACGAGCUUCGCACCACAAAUAAUGACCAAAACGAGUCCAUCUUCAUUGCGGUGGACACAUUAGCACCUGGACGGAAUUCUAUUCCCUUCUCUUUCUCGCAGUCAUGCCAUGAUCAAAGGAGUGCCGAUCUCGUCAUUGUGGAUCCGUUCUCCUGCGACGCUCUCACCGACGUGGGAGCAGUGACCAAGGAUAUCCGCAACCUUGCGAGGGUCCUUUCGAAGAUAGAUCCUCUCGUCUUCGGCCUGCUUUCCUGUCGUGGUGUGAUCAAAUAUACUGAUGCUGAUGGGGCACUCUCCAGAUUCGAGUUCGUCUUCUCAAUACCGCCCAGUCUCCGAAAUCCAUCGAGCCUCCGGAGCAUUCUUGUUGAAGAACGCGACGACCAUGCCUUUAAUGACCGCUUGGAUCUGGCAAAGCAGCUUGCAAGUUCGAUUUUGUUCAUCCACAGUUCAGGAUUUGUACACAAGAACAUCCGUCCGGAAACCAUUCUUGUCUUCACGGGCGACUCUUUGGGUCUCGGAUAUCCCUUUCUGGUCGGAUUUGAAAAGUUUCGACCGACUGAUCGUCUCACUUACCGAGUGGGGGAUGCACGAUGGGAACGAAAUCUGUACCGACAUCCUCAGCGUCAAGGAAUCAGUGUAGAAGAAGACUUCAAGAUGCAACACGACAUUUACAGUCUCGGAGUCUGUCUACUAGAGAUAGGCUUGUGGACGUCUUUCGUCCUGUGGAAGGAAGACGCAGAUGAGCCCACACCCAGCCGAGCACUGGGUAUUGAUGACGUCUUGAAACUGAAGGACGAGCGUAAAACGGCCUCGGAGGUGAAGAAGGUUUUGAUAAGAAUGGCCGAAGAGUGCUUGCCAAACAGGAUGGGAAAAAGGUAUACCGAAGUGGUGCUAGCUUGUCUAACUUGCCUCGACAAGGGAGCCACUGGCCUGGGUGAUGAAAGAGACUUCCUCGAUGUGAAUGGUACCGUCGUUGCUGUCCGCUACAUCGAAAAGGUACCUAGCUAG